GCCGAAGAUAUCCGCUCAGUCAUGUGAUCAGCUGUGUCCAAUCACAGCAUAUUGCAUAGGACAGCAGAGCCGCAGUGCCACCUGUCAAUGUCCAUCAGUGCAAGCUGUCAGUGCUCAUCCAUGCCACCUGCCAGUGCCCAUCAGUGCCACAUCAAUGCCACAUAUCAGUGCUCAUCUGAGCUGCCUUUCAGUGUCACCCAUCAGUGCCAGUCAGUGCCACCUAUCAAUGCUGCCAAUCAGUGCCACCUAUCAGUGUGCAUCAGUGCCGCCUAUCAGUGCCCGUCUUCA